AUGACGUCGCCCGCCUGGCUGUCCGACUACUCCACCGCCCUGCGCGCCCGCGACCUCCGCGAGAAGGCGCAGGAGGCCCACAUCAACGCCUACACCAAGCUCGCCGACCGCACCGCUCGCCUCGAAGCCGAGCGCACCAACGCACCACCACCCCCGACACCGACCGCAGCCGCCUCCCCGCAGCAAGCGACAAAGAGCAAGCCCAGCCCCUCACGCUUCGGGCGGUCCAGCCCAGCCGCAGCCGCAACCGCAGCCCCGGACGCGGACCCGGCCAGCGGCAUCGGCGGCGGUGGCAGCAGCGGCGCAGGUGGAGACGGAGGAGGCAACGGCGGAGCCCUCUCGCGGCUGCGGGCCGACCUGACCGCGACGCAGACGUCGCGGGCGACGCUUUCGACGCAGCUGGCGGGGGCGACGGACGCGCUCGCGGCGCUCAAGACGCGGGCGGCGCGCGACGAGAAGGCGCUGGGGGAGCUGCGGGCGGCGCGCGCGGCGCUGGAGCGCAAGCUGCGCGACCGCGAGAGCGAGAUCAAGGGCAAGAACCGCCUCGUCGAGGAGGUGCAGGACGAGCUGGUCAGCGUCAACCUGCAGCUCAACAUGGCCGAGCAGCGCAGCGAGGAGCUCGAGCGCGAGAACAAGGAGCUGGUCGACCGCUGGAUGAAGUAUAAGCGGGAGGAGGCGGAGAGGAUCAAUACGCAGUCGAACUGGCGGUGA